GAUUUAGGAUUUGAAAAGGCCCUGAUUGGUUUUUAAGCUCAAAAACGUCACCAUGUCCAAAGAGGUGAAGGAACUCCAGAAACGGUGGCUGUCAAUGAUGGAUACGGUACAUAGCAACUCACAUGUGGUUGCUUUUAUGAACUCCAGAGUUGGCCAGUACUUAGAUGAUCACCCUUUCGUCGCCCUCUCCCUGAUGGUAUUUAUUGCCGCCUCGGCCAUCCCCAUUGCGUUUUUCCUGGUUUUUGUUGUCGCUACAACUGUCCUGGCGUGCAUCGGAGUGAUCGUCAUGGAAGGUUUCGUAAUAUCUUUAGGUGGCGUCACCUUGCUUUGCAUUCUCGGUGGAUUGGGCAUGCUGUCGCUGCUGUUUUCCGGAAUGCUGAGCGUUUGUUACCUGUCUCUUACAGCCGUGCUCAGCUACUGGCCCGUUCAAGAGGGCCCAUCGAAGAGAGAGAUUGCCAACAGAAACAGCGGUUUUGUCUCCAAGAACCUUUUUGACGAAGAACCAGAAAUGACUAACAAGGAGUGAAUAAAUUGGAUAGGGGCUCGAAAUGUCUCCGAUAGUGGCACUUUUUUUUUAAAAAAAAAAUGUAGCUGGGAAAAACAUCCUUGUUACUGUAUUGUGUAGAAUUGUUUACCCACCGAGAGGAUCAGGGUUCAGCUCCUUAUUACGGGAAUUGGAGUCGGGAUUUCUCCAGAGGCUGCCGCGAAAAUAGCCGAGCCCUCGCUCCCAAUUAUUUUGGAAACCUUCUCGGCAGCUUUUAGGCAGGACUUUUGUGCACGGGUACUCCUGGAGUCCAGGAACCCAAUGACAGUGUUGAUUUUAACGUGGGAAACGGGACAGAGGAAUCUCUUUUAAGCCCGACUACAUUGCUGGUGACGGCAAACGGAACAGAAAUACGGGCAGUGGCAGCGAUCCCAAAUUAAAGCCAGUGCAUCUCUUCACGAUCGCAGUUCGGUUCGGGUUAGGUCAAAUAUUUUUGGUUCUUUGUGUCUAGGGUAUUGGGGGAUUGUGUUUUACCAUUUUUUUGUUGUUGUUGCAUUUAGCAGCUUUGCAGAAAGCUGGUUGUUAAGCACAGUGGCUUCUCUUAUGCUGAAUACAUCAGUCACUCUAGCUCUAGUUUGAAUAUUUUCAUUUGUUAAAUCUUUUUAAGUGUUUUCUUCUGCUCUGUUGCUAAAGCUGUCAUCAGAUAUACAUUUGCCACUAAACUGUUACUUUUCAUCCAA